AUGGUCCGCAAAGAUCCCAUCUUCGAAGCCCGCACAAAUGUCAAGUUACACUCCAAUCGGCUGAAGAAGGAGGCCGUCCGCGCGGAGGCGACCUUCAAAGCGGAAAAAGCCAAGGCCGACAAGGCCAUGAAGAACCGCGAGUUCCAGAUCGCCCGCAUCCAUGCCGCCUCCGCCGUGCGGGAAAAGCGACGCCAGGUCACCCUCAAAUCCGAAGCCGCCCGUGCCGACGUGAUCAUUAACGAACUCAAAGCCGCCCAGAGCACGCGGGACACAUCGCGGACGCUCGCUCUGGCCUCGCGGGGCCUCGACGCGGCCUCCAAGAGUGUUAACUUGGAACACCUGGUGGCGCACGCCAACAACUUCCUGGCACGAUCAGAAGACUUCAAGAUCGCCAGCAGCGCGAUCGAGGAUGUGGCUCAGGGGGUGUCGAUGCAGGAGUACGGGGCAGAGGGCGAAACUGAGGUGGACCGGCUCAUGGAGCAGUUGGCGGACGAUGCAGGCUUGGAUAUGCGCAUGGUUCUGGAGGAGGAUAAUGUCCCCAAAGAGCAGCCAGCCAAGGAACCGGAGGCGAAGAACGCCGAGGUGGAAGAUGGACUGGAUGUGAGACUGCGUGCAUUACGGGCCGGCGACUGA